AUGGAAGGCCGUGUCCAGCGCAGGUGGGCCCCGCAGCCAGGGGCCACGAUCGACCUUGCUUUGCAGGACCUAGGCGCCACCACCAUCCUGGGGCCGUACUGCACGAGACCUCCCGGGGCCAUGCUGGUCCUGUGGCAGCUGGAGGGCCACACGGGGGUCAGGGUGGAGGACAUCAGGGGCUUUGCGUGGAGUGUGAGUGCCCGGGGGCUGGAGAAAGCCCAACAGCAGCUCCAGGAGGAGGUCCGGCAGGUCAGCGGCCAGCUGCUGGAGGAGAGGAAGAAGCGAGAGACCCACGAGGCGCUGGCUCGAAGACUCCAGAAGCGUGUUUUGCUGCUGACCAAGGAGCGGGACGGCAUGCGCGCCAUCCUGGGGUCCUACGACAGCGAGCUGACGCAGGCGGAGUACUCUCCUCAGCUGACACGCCGCCUGCGGGAAGCCGAGGACAUGGUGCAGAAGGUGCACGCUCACAGCACGGAGAUGGAGGCUCAGCUGUCCCAGGCUCUAGAGGAGCUUGGAGGCCAGAAGCAGAGAGCCGACACGCUGGAGAUGGAGCUGAAGAUGCUGAAGUCCCAGCCGAGCUGCGCCGAGCCCAGCUUUCCGUUCUGCAGGGAGGAGGUGGACUCGCUCAGGUUGAAGGUGGAGGAGCUGGAGCGGGAGCGGAGCCGCCUGGAGCAGGAGAACACGACGCUGGAGAUGCAGCUGGAGAGGCGCGCCCUGCAGGGCGACUAUGACCAGAGCAAGACGAAAGUGUUACACAUGACCUUGAACCCCACCAGCGUGGCCAAGCAGCGCCAGCGGGAGGAGCGCGACCGUCUGCAGGAGGAGUGCGAGCGGCUGCGGGGUCUCCUGCUCACCCUGGAAAGGAGCAGCUCCGUCCCCACUGACCUGGAGGCCGUCGCCGGCCUGCCCUCGUCCAAGGAGGUGGCAGAGCUGCGGAAGCAGGUGGAGAGUGCGGAGCUCAAGAACCAGCGGCUCAAGGAGGUCUUCCAGAGCAAGAUCCAGGAGUUCCGUAAGGCCUGCUACACGCUCACGGGCUACCAGGUGGACGUGACCACAGAGGGCCAGUACCGGCUCACCUCGCAGUACGCCGAGCACAAGGCCGACUGCCUCGUCUUCAAGGCCACAGGCCCCUCGGGCUCCAAGAUGCAGCUGCUGGAGACGGAGUUCUCACGCUCGGUGCCCGAGCUCAUCGAGCUGCACCUGCUGCAGCAGGACAGCAUCCCGGCCUUCCUCAGCUCCCUGACGCUCGAGCUCUUCAGCCGCCAGACCACAGCCUAGCCACGGCCACCGCCUCGCUGUGCUCCUCCAUCCGUCCCCGUCUCCCCCUUCGUCCUGCUCUGGGAGCUGCCUCCCCGCCCUGCCCCGAGGCAUGGCCACCCAGCUGUCCCCACCUGUCCUGGGGCAGUGGGUGGGGGGGUGGCACUGUGGACAGGAGUCUGAGGUCGUCACCCUAUGAAAUAAA